AUGUCGCCUAGUCAUGGGGCGGAUGUGGGCUACUUCGGUAAUGUCCGAAAUCAUGCGAAGGUUGAAGUGUUAUUUCAUGAAUAUUCACAAUGUGGAAGUUGUUGGUUGAGCAUUGUUAACAUGAAGAUCGCUAAAGCAGAAAGUAUGGGUAAAUAUAAAAGAAAAUUGGAUAGAAACCUAGUUUUCAACGAGAAUAUUUUGGAAGAAGCUAAAAGAAGAACAGAAAGUGGCCAAAGCAAAAGACAAAUCUAUAACAUGGAUGAAACAGGUCUGCAGACAGUACCAAACAAAUUACCCAAAGUCUAUGCACAAAAAGAGAAAAAAGUUGUGGGAAAAAUAGUUUCUGCAGAACGAGAUUUUGCCCCAUCGGAAGUAACCGAUCGUCCAUAUCCACUAACUGAAUCGCGAGAAAACGAACAAACGUCAACUCAGGCUGAGUCACAAAUGCCAUCUGUUGUUACUGAAACUGUAGGCACAGGAGACAGUUUAGACUUAGCUGCUCAACCAUCAAAUUGUUAUCUAGCUGAAACUGCAAACAAAUGCUGUGUUGGUUCACUUGCACUAGGUUUAGCUGCUCAGUCAUUAGAUUGUGAUCUAGCUGAAACAACAAAUGAAGGCUGUGUCAGUUUAUCUGCUCAACCAUCACAUUGUGAUCUAGCUGAAACUUCAAAAGAAGGCUGCGACAGUUCUGUUCUACUUUCACAAUUUAAAGAUGCUGCGCCAAUCAAUGAACCUAUAAGAGAUAUUACUAAUAAAUCCACAGCAUCCCCGUUCACCUCCUUUAUAAAACCAUCCGACAUCUGUCCCUUGCCAAAGCUAAUAUACAAAAGAAAAUAA